AUGGCACAGCCCAGGAAGUUCCCAAAAUGUUUGGUAUGCAAGAAGACAAAGAUAUUUAAAGCAAUCAAUAAAUGCACUGAUUGCCACAAGAUUUGUCAUCGCAAGUGCCUGAAGGACUUUUUAUCUGAAGUAUUACAGCUAACGGAGACAACUACGGAUAUACACGGUUUGGAACAGGACGGACAAGUUAUGGACGUUAAUAGUGUCACUCUGGAAGCGGACAACAAUAUUACGUCGUCAAUAAUUGCAGAUGUUCCUUAUGUGUCAGAACAGAACACAAUAACAGAUAUUGAAAGAAUUAACCAAACUAUUGAAUUUAACAGAGCAGUCCCAAGUCCAGAAAAUGUCGCUCUCGAUGAGGAUAACAAUAUUUUGUUGUCAAUAAUUGCAGAUGUUCCUUAUGUGUCAGAACAGAACACAAUAACAGAUAUUGAAAGAAUUAACCAAACUAUUGAAUUUAACAGAGCAGUCCCAAGUCCAGAAAAUGUCGCUCUCGAUGAGGAUAACAAUAUUUUGUUGUCAAUAACUGCAGAUGUUCAUUAUGUGCCAGAAUCGGAACUAGACACAAUAACAGAUAUUGAAAGAAUUAACCAAACUAUUGAAUUUAACAAAGAAGUCAUAAGUCCAGAAAACGUCGCUCUCGAAGAGGAUAACAAUAUUUCGUCGUCAAUAACUGCAGAAGUUCAUUAUGUGUCAGAAUCGGAACCAGACACAAUAACAGAUAUUGAAAGAAUUAACCAAACUAUUGAAUUUAACAGAGCAGUCCCAAGUCCAGAAAACGUCGCUCUCGAAGAGGAUAACAAUAUUUCGUCGUCAAUAACUGCAGAAGUUCAUUAUGUGUCAGAAUCGGAACCAGACACAAUAACAGAUAUUAAAAGAAUUAACCAAACUAUUGAAUUUAACAAUGAAGUCAUAAGUCCAGAAAAUGUCGCUCUCGAUGAGGAUAACAAUAUUUCGUCGUCAAUAACUGCAGAAGUUCAUUAUGUGUCAGAAUCGGAACCAGACACAAUAACAGAUAUUGAAAGAAUUAACCAAACUAUUGAAUUUAACAGAGCAGUCCCAAGUCCAGAAAACGUCGCUCUCGAAGAGGAUAACAAUAUUUCGUCGUCAAUAACUGCAGAAGUUCAAUAUGUGUCAGAACUGGAACCAGACACAAUAACAGAUAUUGAAAGAAUUAACCAAACAAAAAUCAAAAAUAUUAAACGAUCAAUUGAACUUGAUCCAAACACAAUUAAUCAUAAUUUUGUAAAGAAAUUUAAUUUUUUUUGUUUCAGAAAAUGUUUGUUUUGCAAGAAAACAAAAAUAUUUAAAGCAAUCAAUAAAUGCACUGAUUGCCGUAAGAUUUGUCAUCGCAAGUGCCUGAAGGACUUCCUACAAACAAAAUCAGAAGUAUUACAGCUAACGGAGACAACUACGGAUAUACACGGUUUGGAACAGGACGGACAAGUUAUGGACGUUAAUAGCGUCACUCUGGAAGCGGACAACAAUAUUUCGUCGACAAUAAUUGCAGAUGUUCAUUAUGUGUCAGAACAGAACACAAUAACAGAUAUUGAAAAAAUUAACCAAACAAAAAUCAAAUAUUUUAAACGAAAACGUGAAGUUGAUCUAAACACAAAUAAUCUGGAAAAAGUUCUGGACGAAUACAAAUUAGAUGAAAUGGAUCUGGAGACAGCACACAUAUAUAUGAACACUAAAUAGCCACGAAUAAUAUAUAUCUAUUAUCCGUGAGAAAAAAACGGUGACCUGUCAUUUAGUCCGGUAAAUUAUAUCCGGCGGCAAUUGAUCCACGACAUUUGAUCCGGUUUAAUAAGAACCUGUACCAAAAAAAUAUCCUGCUAAAAAAUUUCUGGUAACAAAAAAAUAUAAAAUAUAAAUACAUAGUUAUUUUUGAAUUAGUUAUAAUUUUAUUUUCAUAAUUUUCAAAAACGUCAUUAUAAAAGUAAUAUAGAAUGUUAAUAGGUAGGUAUAUAAAAAAUAGUUAUUAUUUAAUUUUCAUAAUUUUCAAAAACGUCAUUAUAAAAGUAAUAAUAUAGAAUACAAAUGUUUAUAAAUUAAAAUUAUGAGCGACACCCUUCAAAUACGUAAUAAAAUACGUUGGAAAUUUAUAUCUUUUUUGAAUCAGGAACAGGGGCUCCAAGAAGCAAAAUUAGAAAAAAUUAUCCUGGAUGAAAAUAAUCAUACAAAAAAAAGAAAACAUAAAAACAUAGACCAACAUCUUAAAAAUACCGUAGAAAACUACGAAACUACUAUCGCUCAUAAUUUUAAUUUAUAAACAUUUGUAUUCUAUAUUAUUACUUUUAUUAUGAUGUUUUUUAAAAUUAUGAAAAUUAAUUAAUAACUAUUUUUGAUAUACCUACCUAUUUAUAUUCUAUAUUACAAAUAUAAUGACGUUUUUGAAAAUUAUGAAAAUAAAAUUAUAAGUAAUUAAAAAAUAACUUAUGUAUUUAUAUUUCAUAUUUUUUUGUUACAGGAAAUUUUUUAGCAGUAUAUUUUUUUGGUACAGGUUCUUUUUGAACCGGAUCAAAUGUCGCGGAUCAAUUGUCGUCGGAUAUAAUUUACCGGACCAAAUGACGUGGAACCGAAAAAAACCUACAGGCUAAUCAAAUUUGUUAAUGAUUCUACUCGAAAGUCAAGUAGAUGGAUUUUCAGACUAACUAAAGCAUAAAUAUGUAUUUAUAAACUUGUUUGUAAACAAUAAAUUAACAUUGUAAAAAUACUCAGUGUAUUGAAACAAUUAUGUUAAUAAAUAAAAAAAAAUGUGCGUGUAACAAGUACGCGCGGAUGAAGUGAAACUUCUUUCAGUCAUGUAACUGAUAUUAGAUGUGUAUAGGAAUAAAAUAAUAAUAACACACUUUACAAUUUUA